CACCCCCUGGCCCGCCCCCGAGAGCCUCGCCCAGCAGCCCCCCGCCCAGGAGGCCCCAGUGAUGCAGGGAAAGCGGCCCAGAAUGACGACACCGCCCUCACCCGCCUCACCGGCAUGAAGCCCCCGCAGCGGCGGCGAGCGGCCCCGGCGCGCUAUCUUGGUGAGGUGAUCGGCCCAGUGGCCUGGAGCCCCCGCGAGAAGCGGCAGCUGUUACGACUGCUGCAGGCGCGUCGGGGCCAGCCGGAGCCGGAUGCCGCCGAGCUGGCCCGGGAGCUGCCGGGCCGGAGCGAGGCCGAGAUCCAGGACUUUCUCCGGCAGCUCAAGGGCCGAGCGGCCCGGGAGGCCAUUCAGAGGAUGCAUCCAGGUGGACCACAGGGUCCAAGGCGCCAGGAAACACAGACCCCGGCCCCCAUUGAGGUGUGGAUGGAUCUGGCUGAGAAGAUAACAGGCCCGCUCGAGGAGCCCCUGACUGUAGCUUUCUCACAGGUGCUCACCAUCGCGGCCACGGAGCCCAGCAGCCUCCUGCACUCCAAGCCUCCCAAGCCCACACAGGCUCGUGGAAAGCUACUGCUCCUGAGCGCCCCUGGAGGGCAGGAGGUCCAGGGCCCUGAGGCUCAUGGCCCCGCCCCUGAGGCCCCGGGAGGGCAGGAGACUCCUGGCCCCGCCCCCAAGACACAAGGCCCUGCCCCUGAGGCAUCUUCUGAGUCCCUGGCUGGCCCAUCUGCUGAGGGAGACUUUUCUGUGGACUUCGAGAAGAUCUACAAGUACCUGUCGUCCAUCUCCCGUGGUGGCCAAGGCCCCGAGCUUUCCGCAGCUGAGUCAGCUGUGGUCCUUGACCUGCUCAUGGCACUUCCGGAGGAGUUGUCCCACCUACCCUGUGCUGCCCUGGUUGAACAUAUGUCAGAUAUGUACCUACACCUGACGGCCCCCCAGCCUGACCCUGCCAAUGGGGGCCUGGGGUCUGGGGCUGAGGAUGGCGGGACAGGGUCCGGGGCUGAGGAUAGCGGGAGAGGUUCCACGGGACAAGAGGAGGCUGACCAGGCUACACCUCAGGCCCCUGAGAAUGCUGGGCCCAGCGAACCGAUAUCCACUUGGCAAGCAGCUGGUAUCUGCCCCCUGAACCCAUUCCUGGUACCCCUGGAGCUUCUGGGCCAGGCAGCCACCUCUGCAAGGUGAGGGGCCCGGCAGGCAGAAGACACAGCAGACAUCGGUGAGCCCCCAGGCCCUCAGUCCUGCUAGGGCUGGCACGGGGUUGUCAUGGUGGAAGGUCCCUGAUGCAGCGUGCAGUACAAGGUGGUCUUUAAGAUGCUCCAUACAGUGGGGGGGUCUCAGAAAUGGAAGCACAGGGAAUUCCCUGGCCGUCCAGUGGUUAGGACUUCAUGCUCUCACUGUUGAGGGCCCGGGCCUGGGUUCAGUCCCUGAACUAAAAUCCCACAAGCAACAAGACGCGGCCAAAAAGAAACGGAAGCACAGUUGUACAAGGAGGGGUUCAGCCAUAGAACUGGGGUGGGGGGGUUCCAGCCAGGCGGCUGGGCUAAAACCACGGUCAAAUACUACCCCCACUGGUUCCUCAUCCCUUCUGAAGUCUGUAUCCUGUUAUGGUGAAUAAAGUUCUUGUC